CCAGCAGGGCUUGGGGGCCAUGGGACAGAGGUUUGGCCCAGGGUCCCUGGCCUGUGUACCGUAAUAGCUCCAAUCAGAUGGUGCAGGACCAGUUGCUAGUUGGGGGAGGAGGGACAGAGCUGCCUGAGCUGGGGACAGCAACAGAGUGGGAGAGGACCAGCACCCACAGCCCUCCCGGUCCCUAAGGCAGGGGCACUGGCUGCACCCAGGCCUUGACCUCAGCUGACCCUGAUAGCCCACAUGGGGCGCAGGGUCUAAUUUUAGCUCCAGCCGCAGGGCCCGCAGCCCAGGAGUGCCCGCCUCUGGGCACAGGGACGGCCAGGGCUGUUCAGGGGCUGCUCAGGCAGGGGGAGGAUUGGGGAGGCCAUCCCUGGUUCCAUCCAGCCUUGCACUCUGGCCAAGCCGCCUCCUGUGGGAGCCCUGACGGGUCCCCCAUGGCCUGGCAGACGGGCCUCCUCUCCGCUGAGGCCAAGGUCAGGGGGUGCAGCCAGGAGGGCAGAAGGACACAGCCUUGCAGUCUGGACAGGGGUUGCAACAGCCUGAGCAGUAUCCAGGAGCAGGGGGCCCUGCUGGGAGGGCAAAGGCUGGCUUGGUUGUCCAAAGGCCGAGGAAGCAGAGUCCUGACAGCAGGAAGGCAAAGCUAGAAAGCUGGGUCCUACCUGGCCUCCUGGUGCCUGGCCGGCCGGUGACUUACUGUUGACCCUACGCCGACAGCCUGCUCUCCCUGAGCCUCAGUCUUCCCAUCUGUACAAUGAGGGCGCUGAACUAGAAGGGUGAUUCCAGCUCCAGCGGCCCAUCCUCAGGCCCCUGUUCCUCCUGCUUCCGCCAGCCCUGGCUGUGGGUGGCCACAUGCAGUCAUGGAGAAGAAAGUCCCUCUGGCUGGCACUGUCGGCCUCUUGGCUCCUCAUCCUCCUGGGAUUCUUCCCCCUUCUCCGCCUGGCAGUGCCCUCUAGACCUUGGGCAGGGACCCCCCAAGGCUGGCCCCACUGGCUGGAUGCAGAGUUCCUGCAGAGUUUCUCCCAGCCUAGGGAGCUCCUGGAAGAUGUCCCUCAACCUCCUCAAGCCCCCCGUGGUGGCAGCUGCGACUGGGGAGCUUGCUUUGACACCUCGAAGUGCAAGGGUGGCGGCCUCAAGGUAUUCGUGUACCCGGCAGCUGGACUGAUCUCGGAGACUCGCCGCAGGAUCCUGGCUUCCAUUGAGGGCUCCCGCUACCACACAUCCAGCCCUGCCGAGGCCUGCCUCCUCCUCCUCCUCAGCCCCGACACCCCAGCUGGAGAGUGCAGCCCGGUGCCCCCGCAAUGGAAUGGGGGCAGGAACCAUCUGGUCCUCAGUCUCCACCCAGCCCCCUGCCCCAGGACCUUCCAGCUGGGACAGGCGAUGGUGGCCAAGGCCAGCCCCACAGUGGACACCUUCCGUCACGGCUUUGACGUGGCCCUCCCGCUUCUCCCUGAAGCCCACCCACUGCGAGGUGGGCCGCCUGGCCAGCUGCAGCAGCACAGCCCCCAACCCAGGGUGGCCCAGCUAGCCCUGGCAGAGGAGAGGGGUGGGUGGCACACGGCAGGCACCAACUUCUCUGCCUGCCCCUGGGAUGGGCGCUGUGAGCAGAACCAUGGACCCAAGCUGACCCACCCUGGGGCAACGCUACCCAAUGCCACCUUCUGCCUCAUCCCUGGCCGCCAUCCUGAUGCCCUGCACUUCCUCCAAGCCCUGCAGGCUGGCUGCAUCCCUGUGCUUCUCAGCCCUCACUGGGAGCUGCCCUUCUCUGAGGUCAUCGAUUGGACCAAGGCAGCCAUUAUAGCUGACGAGAGGCUCCCACUUCAGGUCUUGGCUGCCCUCCAGGAGAUGCCCCUCACGCGGGUCCUCGCCCUGCGCCAGCAGACCCAGUUUCUAUGGGAUGCCUACUUCUCCUCAGUGGAGAAGGUCAUCCACACCACUCUGGAGAUUAUUCAGGACCGGAUCUUGGGAGUAUCUGCUCACCCCUCGCUACAGUGGAAUAGUCCCCCAGGGGCACUCUUGGCCCUGCCUACUUUUUCCACAAGCCUCUCGGAUUUCCCCUUCUACCACAUACAACAGGGCUCUCGCCCUGUGGGCAGGUUCAGCGCCCUGAUCUGGGUGGGGGCCCCAGGCAAGCCCCCACUGAAGCUCAUCCAGGCGGUGGCCGGCUCCCAGCACUGUGCCCAGAUCUUGGUUCUCUGGAGCAGCGAGAAGCCGCCCCCACCCAGGUGGCCGGAGACAACAGUGCCCUUGACAGUCAGUGAGGGGCACAGGAAGGUCAGUGACCGCUUCUUCCCGUACAGUGCCAUCAGCAGCGACGCCAUCCUCAGCCUUGAUGCCCACAGCAGUCUUUCCACAAGUGAGGUGGACUUUGCUUUUGUGGUGUGGCAGAGCUUUCCGGAGCGGAUGGUGGGCUUUCUGACGUGGAGCCACUUCUGGGAUGAAGCCCGAGGUGGCUGGGGCUACACUGCUGAGAGGGCCAACGAAUUCUCCAUGGUUCUCACCUCGGCUGCCUUCUACCAUAGGUAUUACCACACACUCUUCACUCACUCCCUGCCCAAGGCUCUGAGGACCCUGGCAGAUGAAGCACCCACCUGUGUGGACGUCCUGAUGAACUUCCUAGUAGCGACUGUCACCAAGCUGCCCCCUAUCAAGGUGCCGUAUAGGAAGCAGAACCAGGAGGCCAGACCUCCACUGGCGCCUGAGGGCCGGGGGCCCAGGCUGGAGCCGCAGCCCCCAGUCCGCGACUGCAUCAACCAGCUGGCGGCAGGGUUCGGCCGCAUGCCCUUGGUGUCCUCUCGCCUCCGUCUGGACCCAGUGCUCUUCAAGGACUCGGUGUCCGUGCUGCGCAAGAAGUAUCGCAGCCUGGAGAAGCCCUAGGAGGGACCAGCUGAGACCCCAGCCCUGCUCCCAGGGGACUCUGCA